AUGGAACAUUGGAUCAAGCUCCGGGCUGGGGGGGGGUGUGGAUUCGAUGACGCAAAUACUUGUACAUCGAGAUGCUCGAGCAGCCUCCUCCCGCAGCGGAAACAUACUGCGCUCGUCAAAAUCAUCUACCUACCUAAGGCAAGGCAUAACAUAAGGAGGUCGUCUGGUCGUUUUUGGUUGUCUGCGUACUGUAUAAAAACUUCGUCAAUUCCCGGCGUUCAGGUCGAUGCUGUGCAGAUCAUUGGGGUCAGCGGCUCUUGGUCGCUUGCACAUCCUUCUGGGGGGCAGAUCAGGGACGCGGAAAAGCACACAUCUGGCGAGCGAUUGACAAAAGGGAGCUCGGCUGAUGUGAUUGGUCCAUUUGCCCCGGCGCCUCUCCCGGGUCCUGGUCGCGAGAUCCGCCACAGCGCUCACCUGUCGAAAAAAGCAAUUGCGGUGGGAACAUUCGAUGGGUCUCGGCAGAAUCUCACGAUGACGUCAGUGAUUGCCAGGGUUGCUGGCCUUCUCACGGUCUCCACCAAGAAGGGCGGGGCUUACCAAAGCUCCCGCUCCCGCAAGCGUCGAGUCUGGCUCGCGGUUCCAGCCACAGGCAGGCGCUAA